CGCGUCUUCGUCGGGCCCAAUUACACACACAUUGUGAGAUCCAGCUGCCGGCCUCCGUCGCGGAACUGUGGAACUCCAAGUGGGACUCCGCCGGGGAACCUGAUCAGUUCGCCAGUGAGAUGAAGAUCACUGUGCAGUCCGACGCUACCCACAACUACCAUCUCCUAGUGUGCUGCCGUAACACUGUCGUGGACGUGCUGGUCAAGAUUCUCGGCAGCGACAGGGCGGGCCGAGCGCCGGAGCCGCGGCUUUCUUUCAAUGACCUGGAGUUGCAGAAGCAGAAAACCCUGGCCGAAUACGGAAUCGAACACGGCUCCGUGCUUCAUCUGAACUGCACGCCGCGGGUGUUGGCACACACCUAUGAUCCAACAAAAAUAGCCAAGAAGGGAUAUGCAGAGUCUAGCUCUUCUAUGAGACCCAGUGGGGAUGGUGAAAUGAAAAUCUAUGUGCAGUCAGAAGAUUAUGGAAAUUAUGCGCUUGAGGUGAACAGCUCUAACACCAUCAAGGAUGUGUUAAAAACUGUUCUUGGUAAAUGGCCUGGUGUGGCGCUUUAUUUCAAUGGCCAUCAUCUAUUUGAGACGGCCAAAUCUCUGGCGGACUACAGUAUUGAGGAUGGGUCCAUCCUUCACCUUGAGGUCUUCGAGCUCAAUUUGGUCCAUAUAAUAGAGACGCCAAAUGUAAUUCCGGAAAAAAAAAGGAUUAUAAUAACAGAUCAGCCUUUAGCAAUAUAGGAAAAGGAGCAUGAUAAAAUAUUGCUUAGUUUGUUGGUGGAGCAAAUUUCAAAUGGAGGGGAGGAAAAUAUACUACACGGUGGAGAGGAUUCUUGGUGCAACAUAGUAGCCAAGUUCAAUGAAUCAACUGGCUUGCAGUAUGAACACAAACAUUUGUUUGAGCGCUUCAAUUUUUAUAGACGUGAAUAUCAUAUAGUGAACCGCAUCAGGCAUCAUCCAAAGUUUAGCUGGGAUCAUAAAUGUCAUGUAGUAAUUGCUACAGAUGCUGAAUGGAAUGAAUAUAUCAAGCAAAAUCCCGACGCGAGGCCCUACCGAACGAGAGCAAUCCCAUAUGUUGAUUUAUUGGGAAUCCUGUUUGCCAAUACAGAAGUAUAAAAAUUCGUAGUUUCCAAUGAAUAAUUGUUUUGAAAAGAGCAAUGUUGUAAUCUAUCUAUUCGGCCUACUCAUGAGAUCUAAACAUUUUCGCAAUAAUCUCGUCCUUUUUUUGAGAGAGAUAGGUAGCACGCUACCCGCUUCGUUUAUUUCAUUUAGAAAUAAACUUAGCUGGAAAUGUGAAUCAAGUAGGAUUCGAAUUUGGGUCUCGGGUACCAACCACCAAGCCUUUGCCAUUGCUCUAGGAACGAUCGGUAACAAUCUCGUCCCUGAUGGAGCGAAUAUUACUAUUGUGUAUUUUUCACAUGUCAUUUCUCAUUAGUUUAAAUAUGUAUUGUGUUAAAUGUGUAUGUGUUAAAAUACCUAUUAGCUUGUGAUGUAAGUCAUAAUUAAUGCUACUGUAAUAAUUUCAAAGUUAAGUCCUUAGAUAUUCUACUUUGAAUUGAUUA